UGGCGAAUUUUUGGUGAAUUUUUGGGGGUGACCGGGGUGUCCUGCGAGCUCUGCUACUACCUGGGAUGGGCAGGUGAUUCCCCCCCAAACCCCUCUGAGCUGCAGAUCCUGCGCUGGAUUUUGGGGUCCCCCCUGGCCCAGGGUGGGGACGUGGCCCAGAGGAGCUUCCUGAGCCCCCAGGGCCCCCACGUGCUGCUGGAGAUUGGGCCCAGGCUGGGGGUGUGCACCCCCCUGUCCACCAACGCCGUGUCCCUGUGCCACGCGGCCGGGCUGAGCCGGGUGCGGCGCCUGGAGAGAUCCCGCAGGAUCCUGCUGCAGCUGUCGUCCCCGGCGUCCCCCGAGGCACGCGUCCGUCUGUCCCGCGCGCUGCGCGACCCGGUGACGGAGCAGCUGUACCCGGAGCCCCUGCGCACCUUCGAUGUGCCCGCGGCGCCCGUGCCCGUCACCACCAUCGACGUCCUGGCACGGGGACAGAGCGCGCUCAGGGAGGCGGACACAGAGCUGGGCCUGGCCUUCGACUCGUGGGACCUGGAGUUCUACACUCAGCUCUUCCAGAAGGCCGGGAGGAACCCGACCUCCGUGGAGCUCUUUGACCUGGCCCAGAGCAACAGCGAGCACAGCCGCCAUUGGUUCUUCCGGGGUCACGUGACCGUGGAUGGCCGCCCGGUGGGCGUGUCCCUGUUCCGCUCCCUGAUGGACACGCAGAGCUCCUCCCACCCCAACAACGUCAUCAAGUUCUGCGACAACAGCAGCGCCAUCCGCGGCGUCCCCGUGGCCGCGCUGUGGCCGCAGAACCCGGCCGGGCCCGGCCCCUACGAGAGGAGAACGAGCGUCCGGCACGUGACCUUCACCGCCGAGACGCACAACUUCCCCACCGCCGUGGCCCCGUUCAGCGGCGCCACCACCGGCACCGGGGGCCGGAUCCGGGACGUGCAGAGCACGGGGAGGGGAGCGCACGUGAUCGCGGGCACGGCCGGGUACUGCUUCGGGAACCUGCUCAUACCCGGCUACGAGCAGCCGUGGGAGGACGCCCUCUCCCCGUACCCCUCGUCCUUUGCCCGGCCCCUGGAGGUCGCGCUCGGCGCCAGCGACGGCGCCUCCGACUACGGCAACAAAUUCGGGGAGCCCCUGCUGGCAGGCUUCGCCCGCUCCUUCGGGCAGGUCCUGCCCGGGGGGCAGCGCCGCGAGUGGAUCAAACCCAUCAUGUUCAGCGGCGGCAUCGGAGCCCUGGAGGACGAGCACGUCAAGAAGGAAACCCCAGAGCCAGGGAUGUUGGUGGUGAAGUUGGGGGGUCCCGUCUACAGGAUCGGCGUGGGGGGAGGGGCGGCCUCCUCCAUCCAGGUGCAGGGGGACAACGAGGCCGAGCGGGAUCUGGGGGCCGUGCAGCGCGGGGACGCCGAGAUGGAGCAGAAGCUGAACCGGGUCCUGCGCGGCUGCAUCGAGAGCGGCGCCGCCAACCCCGUCAGCUCCAUCCACGACCAGGGGGCCGGGGGGAACGGCAAUGUCCUCAAGGAGAUCUCGGAGCCGGCCGGGGCCGUCAUCUACGCCAGCCGCUUCCAGCUGGGUGACCCCACGCUGAGCAUCCUGGAGCUCUGGGGCGCCGAGUACCAGGAGUCCAACGCGCUGCUGGUGCGGCCGGAGGCGCUGGGGCUGCUGCGGCGGCUGGCGGAGAGAGAGCGCUGUCCCCUCAGCGUGGUGGGGACAAUCACCGGGGAUGGCAAGAUCGUGCUGGUCGAUGACUUGGCCUCGCCAGUGCCCGAGGGGGGGUCCCACGAGGGGCUCCCCACCCCCGUCAACCUGGAGCUGGAGUGGGUGCUGGGCAAGAUGCCCCAGAAGGAGUUCCACCUGUCGCGGGCGCCGCUGCCCCGGCGCCCCCUGAGCCUCCCCCCGGCGCUGUCGGUGCGGGCGGCGCUCGAGAGGGUCCUGAGGCUGCCGGCCGUGGCCAGCAAGAGGUACCUGACCAACAAGGUGGACCGCUCGGUGACGGGCCUGGUGGCGCAGCAGCAGUGCGUGGGUCCCCUGCACACGCCGCUGGCCGACGUGGCCGUGGUGGCCCUGUCGCCGUUUGGGGACAGCGGCGCCGCCACCGCCAUCGGCGAGCAGCCCAUCAAGGGGCUGCUGGACCCCGCGGCCGGGGCGCGGCUGGCGCUGGCCGAGGCCAUCACCAACCUGGUGUUCGCCAGGGUGACGCACCUCAAGGACGUGAAGUGCUCGGGCAAUUGGAUGUGGGGCUCCAAGCUGGGCGCCGAGGGCGGGGCGCUGGUGGCCGCGUGUGACGCGCUGGUGGCGGCCAUGCGUCACCUGGGCGUGGCCAUCGACGGCGGCAAGGACUCGCUGAGCAUGGCGGCGCGCGUGGGCAGCGACACCGUGAUGGCACCCGGUGCGCUGGUGAUCUCGGCCUACGCCGUGUGCCCCGACGUGACGGCCACCGUGACCCCUGACCUCAAGUGUCCCAACGACCGCGGGACCCUGCUGUGGGUGCAGCUGAACCCCGGGCGGCACCGGCUGGGCGGCUCCGCCCUGGCCCAGGUGUUCGCCCAGGUGGGCGACGAGAGCCCCGACCUGGACCGGCCCCAGAGCCUGGAGAGCGCCUUCAACGUCACCCAGGAGCUGCUCAAAGAGCGCGUGGUGACGGCGGGCCACGACGUCAGCGACGGUGGCCUGCUGGGCUGCCUGCUGGAGAUGGCCUUCGCCGGCAACUGCGGCGUCACCGUCACCGCGCCCGCGCCGCCCGCCGGCGUCACACCGCUGGCGCUGCUCUUUGCCGAGGAGCCGGCCCUGCUGCUCGAGGUCCCGGCCGCCGCCGCCGUCCCCGUGUGCCGCCGCUACCAUGACGCCGGCGUCACCUGUGUCCCCAUCGGCCACAGCGGCCCCUACGGCCCCCGCGCCAUGGUGACAGUGACCGUGGGUGGCCAGGAGGUGCUGGCCGAGCCCGUCGGGGACCUCAGGGACGUUUGGGAGCAGACGAGUUUCCAGCUGGAGCGGCUGCAGGCCACGCCGGCCUGCGUGGAGCAGGAGCAGCAGGACCUGGGGACGCGCUGGGGACCCGAGUUCAGCGUCACCUUCGACCCCGACUACGUGGCACCGGUGGCGCGGAGCAUGGAGCUGCCGGGGCCGCGCGUGGCCGUGCUGAGGGAGGAGGGCAGCAACGGCGACCGCGAGAUGGCCGCAGCCUUCGCCAUGGCCGGCUUCCAGGUGUGGGAUGUGACCACCCAGGACCUUUGCUCGGGCUCGGCCUCCCUGGACGGGUUCCGGGGUCUCGUUUUCGUGGGCGGCUUCAGCUACGCCGACGUGCUGGGCUCGGCUAAAGGCUGGGCCGCCUCCAUCCUCUUCAACGCCCGGGUCCGCGCGGAGCUGGAGCGAUUCCGCGCGCGGCCGGACACCUUCAGCCUGGGCGUGUGCAACGGCUGCCAGCUGAUGGCGCUGCUGGGCUGGGUGGGGACAGGUGAGGGACACCCCAAUGUCACCCCAAUGUCACCCCAAUAUGGCGGCUCGGCGGGCCCGGCGGCGGCGGUGGCCCUGGAGCGGAACGUGUCGGGGCGCUUCGAGUCGCGCUUCGUCACCGUGCGCGUGGAGCCGGGGCCGGCCGUGAUGCUGCGGGGAAUGGAGGGGGCGCGGCUGGGAGUGUGGGUGGCACAUGGAGAGGGCCGUUUCCAGUUCCGGCCGCCCUCGGCCCUCUCCCGCUGCCUCCGUUCCGGCCUGGCCGCUCUCCGUUACGUGGACGACGGCGGCGCGCCCACCGAGCGCUACCCGCUGAACCCCAACGGCUCCGGCGGCGGCGUGGCGGCGCUGGCCUCGCCCUGCGGGCGGCACCUGGCGGCCAUGCCGCACCCCGAGCGCUGCGUGCGCGCC